GGGGACGGUUCCAGGCUGCCAUGGGAGUGCAGUGACGGGGUGCUCAGGGUGGACUUCCUCGGCGGCGCGGCGCUCGCACGGAGCUCCCUGGCUGUUGGUGCGUCUCGUCGGUCACCAUGAAAGACGACUUUGCAGAGGAGGAGGAGGUGCAGUCCUUCGGUUACAAGAGGUUUGGUAUUCAGGAAGGAACACAGUGUACCAAAUGUAAAAAUAACUGGGCACUGAAGUUUUCAAUCAUAUUAUUAUACAUUUUGUGUGCCUUGCUAACAAUCACAGUAGCCAUUUUGGGAUACAAAGUUGUAGAGAAAAUGGACAAUGUUACAGGUGGCAUGGAGACGUCUCGCCAAACCUAUGAUGAUAAACUUACAGCUGUGGAAAGCGACCUGAAAAAAUUAGGAGACCAAACUGGGAAAAAAGCUAUCAGCACCAACUCAGAACUCUCCACCUUCAGAUCAGACAUUCUGGAUCUACGUCAACAACUUCGUGAGAUUACAGAAAAAACCAGCAAGAACAAAGAUACGCUGGAUAAGUUACAGGCAAGUGGGGAGGCACUGGUGGACAGGCAGAGUCAACUGAAAGAAACUUUGGAGAAUAACUCCUUCCUCAUCACCACCGUAAACAAAACCCUGCAGGCAUAUAAUGGCUAUGUCACUAAUCUGCAACAAGAUACCAGCGUGCUCCAGGGCAAUCUACAGAACCAAAUGUAUUCUCAUAACGUGGUCAUUAUGAACCUCAACAACCUGAACCUGACCCAGGUGCAGCAGAGGAACCUAAUCACUAAUCUGCAGCGGUCUGUGGAUGACACCAGCCAGGCUAUCCAGCGAAUCAAAAACGACUUCCAAAAUCUGCAACAGGUUUUCCUUCAAGCCAAGAAGGACACUGAUUGGCUGAAGGAGAAAGUGCAAAGUUUGCAGACUUUGGCUGCCAACAAUUCUGCCUUGGCCAAAGCCAACAACGACACCCUGGAGGACAUGAACAGCCAACUCAGCUCAUUCACCGGUCAUAUGGACAACAUCACCACUGUCUCACAAGCCAAUGAGCAGAACCUGAAAGACCUGCAGGACUUACACAAGGAUGCAGAGAACAGGACGGCCAUCAAGUUCAGCCAACUGGAGAAGCGCUUCCAGCUCUUUGAGACGGAUAUUGUGAACAUUAUUAGCAACAUCAGUUAUACAGCCCACCACCUGCGGACGCUGACCAGCAACCUGAAUGAAGUCAGGACCACUUGCACGGAUACCCUAACCAAACACACAGAUGAUCUGACCUCCUUGAAUAAUACAUUGGCCAACAUCCGUUUGGAUUCUGUUUCUCUCAGGAUGCAACAAGAUAUGAUGAGGUCAAGGUUAGAUACUGAAGUGGCCAACUUAUCAGUAAUUAUGGAAGAAAUGAAGCUGGUGGACUCCAAGCAUGGUCAGCUCAUCAAGAAUUUUACAAUACUACAAGGUCCUCCUGGCCCCAGGGGUCCCAAAGGUGACAGAGGAUCCCAGGGACCCCCUGGUCCGACUGGCAACAAAGGACAGAAAGGAGAGAAGGGGGAACCUGGUCCGCCAGGCCCAGCCGGUGAGAGAGGCCCAAUUGGACCCGUCGGCCCCCCUGGAGAGCGCGGCGGGAAAGGCUCCAAAGGCUCACAGGGCCCCAAAGGGUCCCGCGGGUCCCCUGGGAAGCCCGGCCCUCAGGGCCCCAGUGGGGACCCAGGCCCCCCAGGCCCACCAGGCAAGGAUGGACUCCCUGGCCCCCAGGGCCCUCCCGGCUUCCAGGGCCUGCAGGGCACCGUGGGGGAGCCUGGGGUGCCUGGACCCCGAGGGCCGCCAGGCUUGCCAGGGGUGCCUGGCCUGCCAGGCCCCAAAGGUCCCCCUGGCCCCCCAGGCCCAUCAGGCGCAGCUGUGCCCCUGGCCCUGCAGAACGAGCCAACCUCAGCACCAGAGGCCAACGGUUGCCCUCCUCACUGGAAGAACUUCACAGACAAAUGCUACUAUUUUUCGGUUGAGAAAGAAAUUUUUGAUGAUGCCAAACUUUUUUGUGAAGACAAGUCUUCGCAUCUCGUCUACAUAAACACAAGAGAAGAACAGCAAUGGAUAAAAAAACAGAUAGUAGGGAAAGAUAGCCACUGGAUCGGCCUCACGGACUCAGAGCAUGAAAACGAAUGGAAGUGGCUGGACGGGACGUCUCCAGAAUAUAAAAAUUGGAAAGCUGGACAGCCAGAUAACUGGGGUCAUGGUCAUGGGCCAGGAGAAGACUGUGCUGGGUUGAUUUAUGCUGGGCAGUGGAACGAUUUCCAGUGUGAAGACAUCAAUAACUUCAUAUGCGAGAAAGUCAGGGAGACAGCACUAUCAUCUGCAUUAUAAUGGGCUGCAAUGUAAUAACAUGAGCAAAAUUUGGAAUGGCUUCCGAAGGCAGAGGAUACUCCUUUCUCACCAAAUUGAAGAAAAGCACUGAAAACCAGUUGUGGAAAACACUGACAGCAGUGUCUGUUAGUGUCCGCCAUCACCCAGGGACUUGGGAACAAAAACGUUCCCCCAUUGUGAUAUGUUGAUUUUCAGUGUACAGAUGGACUGAAUCACAUAGAUUUUUCUCAGCCAGUAACCAUACAAUUCUGCAAGUUAUACCUUCCAAAGUAUGGAAUGCUCCAAUCUGAAAAAGACUAUCAUUUGUUGUUGAGCUAUAGGAAGAACUUAAACAUAUACUGUGUAAACAGUGCCUUCCAUUUCUAAAAAUCCCAAAUGUAGGAAGAAUAUACAGACAUACAGAUAUAUAGGCCAACUCUUAGUAAUAAUAUGAAAUAUACUUAAAGAGCUUUUAAAACUUUGUAUUUUUGUACAAAAUAUUUUCCUUUUACAAUUUUUCCCCUUUUUUGCCAUUUUUAUCUAUAUAAUAUGUGGAGCCAAAGAAAACAGUAAUAGUACUAAUAAAUAGGGUUUCUUGUCGGAUUUAGUUCUA